ACAGCUGGUGGAGAGUCCAGGUGAGAAGCUUAUUCCUGGGGCUGGGGGGCCUGCAAAGGGCACACUCGGUAGGAUGGUGGGGACAUAAGAGUUUUCUGGAAUUGCAGAGAAAUACAAGGGUGAGCCAGAUGGAGCCUAACUCCUCUCUCCCCAUGAAUAUGUCUGGGGGGACCCCCACGGCACCAGCCGGCUACCUGGCCCUGGACAUCUUCUCCUACUUGGUCCUUGCAGUCACCUUUGUCCUCGGCGUCCUGGGCAACGGGCUUGUGAUCUGGGUGGCCGGCUUCCGCAUGGCGCGCACGGUCACCACCGUCUGUUACCUGAACCUGGCCUUGGCCGACUUCUCCUUCACCUGCACGUUGCCGCUCCUCACGGUCUCGAAGGCCAUGGGGGGACACUGGCCUUUUGGGCUGUUCCUGUGCAAGUUCAUUUUUACUGUGGUGGACAUUAACCUGUUUGGGAGUGUCUUCCUGAUCGCUUUCAUCGCUCUGGACCGCUGCGUCUGCGUCCUGCAUCCCGUCUGGGCCCAGAACCACCGCACCGUGGGGCUGGCCAGGAGGGUGGUCUUCGUGCCCUGGAUCUGCGCUCUGCUCCUCACCUUGCCGGUGAUCAUUCGUGUGACCACGGUACCUCACGUCCGGUUCCCGGGGAAAACCGUCUGCACUUUCGACUUUUCUCCUUGGACCGACGACCCUGUAGAGAAGUUGAAGGUGGCCGUCACCAUGCUGACGGUCAGAGGGAUCAUCCGGUUCAUCAUCGGCUUCAGUGCGCCCAUGUCUGUCGUCGCGGUCUGCUACGGCCUCGUGGCCACAAAGCUCCGCAGACAGGGCCUGAUUAAAUCCAGCCGCCCCUUACGCGUCCUGUCCUUCGUGGUGGCGGCCUUCCUCCUCUGCUGGUGCCCGUAUCAGGUGGUGGCCCUCGUGGCCACGGUCAGGGUCCGGGAACUCUUGCUUGGUACGGGCCAAGAGCUCAGAAUGGCGCUGGACGUGACGAGCUCCCUGGCCUUCUUCAACAGCUGCCUCAACCCAAUGCUCUACGUCUUCAUGGGCCAGGACUUCCGAGAGAGGCUGAUCCACUCCCUGCCGGCCAGUCUAGAGAGGGCCCUGAGCGAGGACUCAGCUCCGACCAGUGACACCGCGGCCAGUUCUGCUGCAGCUCCUGCCGAGGCCGAGCUAAAGGCGAUGUGAGGAGGGAGCCAGGGGCCCCUUCUCAGUUCCUAGCUCCACUUCAUCCCAUCGCCCCACCUCGAGUCAUCCCACGCCACACGCACUCCCUGCUUAUCUGAGCGUUACCCACACUUCAGAGAAAAUUCCCUGUGCACCCUGAUUUGGAGGGAGAAGUAGAUGAAAAGCUUUUUGCUGUUGGGACCCUAGCCGGGGUGGUCAGAGGUGAGAGCAGGUAGGAAGAUCAUAGCCCCGCUUGUCUAGAGUGGUCCUGAGCGAAGCUUACCCUGGCAUAGUUAUCGGUAUUAUCCAUUCAUGCUGACAGUGUCCUACUGUGGGUAAUAAGUUGUGCGGUUACCCUAGAACGAGGGAUGGGGUGUGA